GAGGGAGGUCACAUUUCUCAUGGCAUGGUUAAAGCCCAAAGUUGGCCGUAAGUGCAAAAGGGUGCUGUUUGCAUUAGCUGAUUAGAUUAUCAGUGCAGAGUUGCAGAACCCACAGCUGUUUGUUAGCAAUGUCAAUGUUACAGAGGAAGCUGCAGUACUUUGUGCAAUGUGGCACCCUGGUGUCGGACCCCCAUUCUCUGUGCAUGUCACUCAUGAGCAAAUAAGCAGAAAGAAGCAGAUGCUGAGACCUGUUGCACUGGGCAGUCCCCCCCCCCUGCUGCUUACAUCACAUCACAGGCAGUUAUACAGCAAGUCCCAGCUCUCAGCCUCUCACUAGUUCUGGCCAGUGGGCAGGAAGGAUUUCUAUCCACUCUCAGCUUUGGACCCCUGCCUGGGAUGGAUCCUUGUGCCCUGUCUGUGCUCUCUGGGAACCCAUCCUCCUGAGUCCUGACAUGGGCUGUGGAGUCAGCAGCAAGGUGCUCCCGGAGCCCAUGGAGCCCCCUCUAAAGAAGAAGAAUCCCUAUUAUGUGAAGCUGAUUCAAGCCAUGGUACCUGUGCAGUUUAGCAGCCAGCCAACCCAGUGCAAGGAGGAGUUCUGGGGUCUGCAAGAGGAACCCUGCCGGGCACAGGACCAGGAACACAAAUUACAAUCAAAGAAGAGCCAAGUGGCCCGAUACCGUGCCAAGUUUGAUCCUAGAGUUACUGCAAGAUAUGAUAUCAAGGCUCUCAUAGGUAGGGGUAGUUUCAGUAGAGUUGUGAGAGUGGAGCACAGAGCCACGAGGCAGCCAUUUGCAAUCAAGAUGAUCGAAACGGGUGCCAAAGAAGGCAGAGAAGUUUGCGAGUCAGAACUCAACAUCCUCCGUAGGGUCAGUCACCACUACAUCAUUCAGCUCAUCGAAGUGUUUGAAGCUCGUGACCGAGUCUACAUGGUAAUGGAACUGGCUACCGGAGGAGAACUGUUUGACAGGAUAAUUGCCAAAGGAUCUUUUACUGAGCGAGAUGCCACAAAGGUUCUGCAGAUGGUUUUGGAUGGAAUAAGCUACCUCCACGGACUGGGCAUUACGCACAGGGAUCUUAAGCCAGAAAACCUCCUUUAUUACCAUCCAGGAGCAGACUCAAAGAUAUUGGUCACUGACUUUGGUUUGGCAAACUCUGGUAACAAGGGAGGAGACUGGUCAAUGAGGACCAUUUGCGGAACCCCAGAAUAUAUUGCCCCUGAAAUUAUUUUAAGGAGACCAUACAGCAAUGGAGUGGACAUGUGGGCCCUUGGGGUAAUCACCUAUAUAUUACUGAGUGGAUCCAUGCCCUUCGAAGAUGAGAAUCGCACAAGACUUUACCGCUUGAUCCUUAAAGGCAAAUAUAGCUAUAUGGGUGAUCCUUGGCCUAACGUUUCCAACCUUGCAAAGGACUUCAUAGACCGCUUACUUACUGUAGAUUCCAGUGACCGUUUGUCAGCAUCUGAUGCUCUGAAACACUCUUGGAUUAAGACCAUGGCUGCAUCUUCAUCCAUGAAGAACCUUCACCGCUCCAUCUCUCAGAACAUGAAACUUCGGGUCUCUUCUCGCUGCCACAGUUCUAAGUCGGAACAUUCGUCCAAAUCGGGUCAGUCAAACAAGUCCCGGCGCAUACGGGAGAGAGAAAUGGCAGAGCGCAAUCUACGUUAUCAGGCUCAUACAGUGAACAAUGAUCUGCUCUGAACAUAAUCUCUUAUCUCUGCCUCCUAAACAAAUAUCUGGACAUUGCUCUUCAUUUGUCAAAAUAUUUAUCCAGAUUUCCUCUAGGAAUCCUGCAGUUUGAUGGAAUUGAUCCAACUUUCUAGAUAUACUAAGUUAGAUCAAUUCAAUAAAUGUUGAUCAAAAUCAAUAUUUAUCCAAGCCUAUGAGUUUUAUCAAAGACUUGUUAAAGGACAUGUAAAGCCUACAUUUUUCUACCAUUUAUAUAAGUUGGUAAUAUCUUCCCCACUCAAGCCACAUCAUUUGUACUCCAUAUACCCCCACCAUUUGCCAGCGUCAUCAUAUUUCUCUAAAACAAAUAGCAUUUUUCACCCGGCGGCCAUUUUCCCUCUGACACAUCAUCAGUAACAUCGACAUGUGCAAAAAGGAGAUGUAUGCUGUAAAGUUCAUGCAAUGCAGAAUGAAGGUUUACACAGCCACAAAAUACUUUGAUAAAAAGUUCUGCUGGGGUAGAGCACUGUAAUAAUUUAAGCUGAGCUCAGGAGAGGUGGUUAGGA